GGGGAACACUCCCCACAGCCUGUCCCAGGUGGCACAGGGCACAAGGCAGGGGAACACUCCACACAGCCUGUCCCAGGUGGCACAGGGCACGAGGCAGGGGAACACUCCCCACAGCCUGUCCCAGGCGGCACAGGGCACGAGGCAGGGGAACACUCAGCACAGCCUGUCCCAGGCGGCACAGGGCACGAGGCAGGGGAACACUCAGCACAGCCUGUCCCAGGCGGCACAGGGCACAAGGCAGGGGAACACUCCCCACAGCCUGUCCCAGGUGGCACAGGGCACGAGGCAGGGGAACACUCCACACAGUCUGUCCCAGGUGGCACAGGGCACGAGGCAGGGGAACACUCCCCACAGCCUGUCCCAGGCGGCACAGGGCACGAGGCAGGGGAACACUCAGCACAGCCUGUCCCAGGCGGCACAGGGCACGAGGCAGGGGAACACUCAGCACAGCCUGUCCCAGGCGGCACAGGGCACAAGGCAGGGGAACACUCCCCACAGCCUGUCCCAGGUGGCACAGGGCACAAGGCAGGAGAACACUCCAUGCAGCCUGUCCCAGGUGGCACAGGGCAUGAGGCAGGAGAACACUUCAUGUAGCGUGCCAGCACACCACAGGGCUUGAAUUCACGCACUAUGGACAAUUUAGAAACACUAAUUCACCUAACCACAUGUCUUUGGAUUGCAGAAGUGGACCGGAGUAUCUGGAAGACUAGUAAAUUCUGUUACUAGUCUUCCAAAACCAACCUGUUGUUUUGUCCUCUCAUCUUACCGUAUCAGUAAGUGUAAGCCAAUGACGUAGGCCAAGCCCGGGGAGAACAUGGUCUCAUGAGCCUCGGAGCUCUGCUUUCUGUCUCAGUCCCAUUCACAAGGGCAGAGGUCAUGGUGCCCUGGGACCGUUCUGUCAGGAAAGAGCGGCUGGGUGAGUAGAGAGAGAGAGGCUGCCCAUUUUGGUCGUCAUCUCCAUGGAAGCGCCAAGAACAAGCAGUGGCCCUUGGGUCAGUGGUGAGCAAAGGAAAAGCAGUAUAUAAAGGCGGGACUCCAUCAGCGUUUCGGAUAAAGCACUUUCCUCCAAAUUAGAGUGCUGAUCUCUAUGUCCUCUCAGGCACCGACGAUGCACUGUUGGCUUGUCAUCUUGCUUCCGCUGAUGGUCACCACCAGCCAGGCUUUGAGAAGGAUCCCUUUACGCAAAAUGCCCUCCAUCAGACAGACUCUUCACGAGAUGGGGGUGUCCCCGACUCAGGUAUUCCCGGAGCUCUCCCAGAAACUGGGAGGGAGCGUCUCCCCCAGCAACGGGACCGCACCGACGCCUCUCACCAACUACCUGGAUACACAAUACUUUGGAGAAAUCAGCAUUGGUUCACCAGCCCAAAUGUUCAACGUGGUGUUCGAUACAGGGUCUGCCAAUUUAUGGGUCCCGUCCAAUGAAUGCUCGCCAUUGUACACUGCCUGCUUCACCCACAACAGGUACGAUUCUUCAAAGUCAGAGACGCACAUCCAGAACGGCACCGGCUUCUCCAUCCAGUACGCUUCUGGGAGCGUCAGAGGCUUCCUGAGUCAGGAUGUGGUGGUGGUGGGAGGGGUCCCUGUGGUGCAGGUGUUUGCAGAAGCCACCGCCUUACCCGCAAUACCGUUUAUCUUUGCCAAAUUUGACGGGGUGCUCGGCAUGGGGUACCCCAACGUGGCCAUCGAUGGCAUCACCCCUGUGUUCGACCGCAUCAUGUCCCAGCACAUCCUAAAGAAGCAAGUCUUCUCUGUGUAUUACAGUCGACAUUCCGUUUCCCCUCUGUCACCCAUGUCUGCCAGAGACCCGGAACACAUUCCUGGCGGGGAGAUUGUCCUUGGAGGGACAGACCCUUCCUACUACACUGGGAGCUUCAACUACAUGAGCACCACCGAGAUGGGAAAGUGGGAGGUCAGGGUGAAAGGGGUGGCAGUGGGGGCGGACGUGCUAUUUUGUAAGGAGGGCUGCACGGCCGUAAUCGACACAGGAAGCUCCUACGUCACAGGCCCCGCCUCCUCCGUGUCAAUCAUGAUGAAGGCCAUUGGAGCCGUGGAGUCAGCAGAGGGCGGGUACACCGUAAACUGUGACCUGGUGAAAUCCUUACCCAGCAUCGCUUUUCACAUGGGGGGUCUGGAAUAUGCUCUGACAGCAGAAGACUACAUUCUCUGGCAGUCACAGUUUGGAGAGGACAUCUGCACCGUCACUUUUCGGGACCUGGAUGUGCCCCCCCCGACUGGUCCUGUCUGGAUCCUGGGAGCCAGCUUCAUAUCCCGCUACUACACCGAGUUUGAUCGGCAAAACAACAGGAUAGGGUUUGCCAGGGCUGUGUGACGCCAUCCCUUGUGCUUCAGUCGAGCAGAACCUGCCUCUGUCUCCAGCUGGCCAAUCGCAUUCUCCUAUUUAGCUUUUCCACACAGCAGCCGCAAGCCAAUUAAAGUGCUGAUAAGUCACCUCGCAUCAGUUGUUGUCCUGAUUAUCAAAACAUCAUAACAAAAAAGCAUAAAUCUUUCUAUAACAAUCUAUGUCAGCGUCUUGUAGAAAGACAUUGGGGAGUCACAUUGCUAAAAGUUACAUAUUGUUCGUAGUCACCAUAUUUACGUAUUUUUUAACCAAAUUUUUCUCAUUUUCAUAAUUUUGUAUUUGUUCCAGACCAUACUGCCUAAGUUGAUUCUCCAUCAUGAAUCUUUAUUUAUUUUGUUUGCUAAUUGAAUAAAUGAUAUGGAGAGACUAUAUGGAGAACUGUACAGAAAUACCCAUUAAAUUCCUCAAAUUCAAUAAAUAUUUUUAAGUA